GACGAAUUGACGCCUAUUUCUGUCUGUCCUGAACCAGCGGGGUGAAGGUGAACCAGCCCGGCCUGUCUCUCUCUCUGCCCGUCGCUGGAAGCAUCCGCUCCCUGUCUCCUCCUGCACCGGGAUCAUCUUCCUUACCCUGAGCCAUGUCCAUAUUCAGCGACGUCCCGCAGGCUCCUCCGGUUGCGGUCUUCAAACUGACUGCUGAUUUCAGAGAGGACAGCCACCCGCAGAAGGUGAAUCUGGGAGUUGGAGCUUACCGUACCGAUGACUGCCAGCCUUGGGUGCUGCCGGUGGUGAAGAAGGUGGAGCGGCUGAUCGUGGAGGACGACAGCCUGAACCAUGAGUACCUGCCCAUCCUUGGUCUGCCCGAGUUCCGCUCCGCCUCCUCAAAGGUCGCCCUGGGAGACGACAGCCCCGCCAUCAAGGAGAACAGGGUGGGAGGGGUCCAGGCUCUGGGUGGGACAGGUGCGUUGAGGAUUGGCGCAGAGUUCCUGCGCCGUUGGUACAACGGCGUCAACAACACGGCCACGCCCAUCUACGUCUCAGCGCCCACCUGGGAGAACCACAAUGCUGUGUUUGCUGAUGCUGGCUUCAAAGACAUCCGUCCCUACCACUACUGGGAUGCUGCUAAUAGGGGCCUGGACUUCUCCGGGCUCGUGGAUGACCUGGAGAAAGCUCCAGAACACUCAAUCUUUGUCCUCCACGCCUGCGCGCACAACCCCACCGGCACCGACCCGACCCAGGAGGAGUGGAAGAAGAUCGCAGAGAUCAUGAAGAGGAGGAACUUGUUUGCGUUCUUUGACUCGGCUUAUCAGGGUUUCGCCUCUGGCAGUCUGGAUAAAGAUGCCUGGGCCAUCCGCUUCUUUGUAUCCGAGGGUUUUGAGCUGUUUGUAGCUCAGUCCUUCUCCAAAAACUUCGGCCUUUACAAUGAGAGAGUUGGCAACUUGACCGUUGUUGCCCAGGACAGCGAGAACCUGACCCGCAUCCUGUCCCAGAUGGAGAAGAUUGUUAGGACGACUUGGUCCAACCCGCCGUCUCAGGGAGCACGCAUCGUCAGCAAGACCCUCAACAGCCCUGAGCUCUUUGCUGAAUGGAAGGGUAAUGUGAAGACCAUGGCAGACCGUGUCCUGUUGAUGAGGGAUCAGCUGAAGACCAAGCUGCAGGGUCUGGGCACCCCGGGGACCUGGGACCACAUCACCCAGCAAAUUGGCAUGUUCAGCUUCACCGGCCUGAACCCCAAACAGGUGGAGUACAUGAUCAAAGAGAAGCACGUGUACCUGAUGGCCAGCGGUCGCAUCAACAUGUGCGGUCUGACCACCAAGAACAUCGACUAUGUCGCUCAGUCCAUCCACGAGACCGUCACCAAGGUCCAGUAAAGGCUGCAUCUGUCCGCCCACUUCCUGCCUCCUGUGCGCCACAGGAAGUAUCGUCAUGUGUGUGCCCUUGUACCCUUCCUCUGAUUAUCCUAACCUCCGAUUGGUUAAACUGCAGCAGGGAGUUUGCACUUGCAGUUGAACCAAUGGGAGGAUGGAUGAUUUUCUGUUCCCACAUGAAGGUAUAAAACUUUGGGAGGUGCAAUGAUUUUUGGAAGACACUUGAACGCACACAGCCAGGUCUCACUGUCAGCAGAGCUUCAUACACGAAUGUGUAGAAGUUAAAAAGUUAAAAUGUAUUUUAUCCAGGUCCCUUCAUUUGCAGAUUGCUUGUUUUUGUGGUAUCUAAAUCAUUUCUGGUCACAACAUCUCACUUGAAUUUUUGUUUGGCAUGUAAUAUUUUUAAUUAAAUUGUAGUGCUUCCUCAAUUAUUUAUAGCACUUCAUGUAUCUGUAGUAUUGAACAAAAUGGCGUUAAUGUAAAUAGAUGGCAUCACUGUUAGAGGUCCUACUAUUUACUGCAUAAAGACUGAACUCCCGCUUUACUUCACCUCUGAGCUCAUGACAAAUCAGUUUUUUCAGCCAUAAGACUUUACGGUUACUUACAGAUUACAGUACCAAUUAAUUAUUGUAUCACUCUGUAUAUGAAGCGAAGAAUUGUUCAUAAAACUUGUUGGUAUGCUCUUUCAUUUUAGGACAUUUCAUAUGCUGAAGUCUAAAGAGGGGCAUUAUGAGUACAACGGCUAUUGUCUCUUUCACGUUACUGUGUUGAAAGGUCACUUAAAGGUAAUGCAUGUGCCUGAUGUUGUAAGUUUUGCCUUGUCAGACCUGUGCAGCUACGUAGAAGAUCCUAAUGUUAGUUGAAGUUCACAAAGCGACUUUCUGCCAUCAGUGAACAAAAUCACCUCUCUUUUUCUGUUAUUUUCUUUCCACCCUGCAGUGCCCUUAUUGUGUUACAGAAAGCUUCUGUAAAGUUGAUUGUUGUAAUGAGCCACUUUGAUCAGACCUCAGAGCCUGACACUUGUAAGCCAAACAACAACACUCCGAUUAUGUGCUAUGUUAUGUAAUGGCACACAGCUGUAUGUGUGUUCAUACUGAAAUAAAUUAUAAACCACAGGAACCACA